AUGAUUUAGAAUUUUUUCUUUAAAAAAGUAAUUUCUUUUUUUUGGCUUAGUUUUUUUUGUGAUAGACUUUUAAAAGUAGAUUUUGAUAUUUAUUCGAAUUUUGUUUUUUUUAAUCUAUUUUUUUUAAGUUUAUCUUUAUCUUGUUUUUUUAAAUAAUCUUAGUAUUUUUAAUUUACUUGUUUUUCUUAUAUAUAAAAAUUUUCUAUUUUUUAUUAAACAUUUUAAAUUUAUUUACUAUUUUAGAUUUUUGGACUAUUAUUUAUUAUAUUAAUUUCUUUUGUAUUUUGUUUUUUGUUAGUUAUUAUUGUUUAUUUAUUUUAUUAUAUUUUUUAUGGUUUCGGACUUAUGUAUUAUUUUUUAUUAUAUUCAUUACUAUUUAUUUACUUUUUUUAUUCUAUGCUUUGUUUUUUAGGACUAAUUGCUAAUUUAUUUUUUUCUUAAGAUCUUUCAUUUUAAUAUUCUAAUAUUUUCUCUACUGUUGUGAUAUUAAGUUAUUUAUUAGUUGAUUAUCUAUUAGUAUUUAAUAUUAUUUAGAUAUUUGGUAAUAUUUACUAUAUUACAUUUUAUUUAUCAGGUGUAAUUAUAUUUUAAGUUUUUUAAAUAUUUUAUUUGUUUAUCACUUAUUAUUUGAUUUCUUAAUUGUUUUAUAGGAUUUAAUUUAUUUUUUAUUUAUUAAUUUAUUUUUUAUGUUUUAUAUAUUAGAAACAUUAGUUUCUUAUUCUGUUUCAUUUGUUAAGUUUUUAAUUUUAUCUUUGCACUAUAUUAAUCAUUUUGAAUUUUUGUAACGCUUAUAUUAUUUUCAAUAAGAAAAGAAUAAACUUUUUUUUUUAAAUUAGAAUUUGUUUAGGUUAAGUCUAAUAAGUAUUCUCUUAACAUAAUAUUAUUUUUAUUAGUAAUAUAUAUAUAUAUAUAUAUAUAUAUAUAUAUAUAUUUUAUUAAUAUAAUAUAUUAUUAUAAUAUAAUAUAUUAAUAUUUUACCUAUUUACAAAAUCAAUAUGUAUAUAUUUUUUAAUUUAAAAUAGAAUUUUUUUUAUUAAAAAUUAUUGA